UAAGCGUGCAUGGAAAUCUGUUCCUGUUAUCACUAUUCGUAAAUUUUGUAUACGCGCGAAGUUUGAUUCUUCAGUCAAUGUACAUAUUAACUCACUUCAUAGCAUUCUUCUGUGAUUUGAUUUGAAAGUGCCAUUCAUAUACGCAUAUUUUAUGAAAGAGUUAUAUAAAUGUUUCGAAAAUUCUAAGUUGGGAAUCUUUGAAAGUCCAACUGGUACUGGUAAAUCCAUGUCAAUUAUUUGUGGUGCUUUAAAAUGGUUACUUGAUUAUGAAGAACUGCAAAAAGAUGAACUGACAAGUGCAAUUUCUGAACUUGAUGAACAAAUUAAACAAUAUAUUAACUCCACUGAUAAUUGGUUUUAUGUACAAACUCAACAAAUAGAAUUAAACCGCAAAAGGCAAGCGUUACAAACAAAAUUAAACAAUAUUGUUCAGUAUGAGCAAAAAAAGAAUAGUCUGAAAGAAAGAACUAAAGGUGUAAAUAGUAAGAAAAAGGAUUCAUCUACUAAAUUUGCAACAAGUUCUGCAAAAGACAGAAGUGAAAUAGACAAAAAUUCAGUUGAUACAAAUAACGAAAAGGGAAGUAUUGAGGAAGAAUUACUUUUAGAAGAUGUUGAACAUUCAGAAAGUUCUGAAGAUGAAGACAAAGAAGAAAUUUAUGAAAAUAUAAAAAUUUUCUUUUGCUCUAGGACCCAUUCUCAAUUAUCUCAAUUUAUAGGAGAACUCAGAAAGAGUCCUUAUUCAAAAAAUGUAUCUGUAAUAACAUUAACGUCCAGGCAAAAUUAUUGCAUUAAUAAAAAUGUAAAAAAAUUGAAACAUUUAAAUUUAAUAAAUGAAUGCUGUUUGCAAUUACAAAGGAAAAAGACAACUGCUAAGGAUGAAAAAGAUCUUAAAAGAAAGAAAAUGACAAGUAGUUGCCCUUUUGUGCCAGGAAACCAAGAUUUACUAAUAAGAGAAAGCUUAGUGCAGAUUCGGGAUAUUGAAGAAAUUGUGCAAAAAGGAGAAAAUCUUAAAACUUGUGCGUAUUAUGCAUCAAGAAAAGCUGUUUCAUAUGGUCAAUUAAUACUGGUGCCAUACAAUACCAUAUUGCAUAAAAACACUAGAAUUAGUUCAGGAAUAAAUUUAAAAGGAAAUAUAUUAAUAAUUGAUGAAGCACAUAAUUUACUUGAAGCCAUUGAAAAUAUGCAUAGUGUUAUAAUUACAGGCAGAAAUUUAUUGCAUUGUUAUAGCCAACUUUCCCAAUAUCAAAACAGAUUUCAAACUUUAUUCUCAGCAAAAAAUAUUCUAAGCUUAACUCAGUUGAGCUUUUGUUUGAGAAAACUUAUAACAGUUUUGGGAGCUACUAUAAAAUCAAAUCCUGAUGAUGUUAUAAAUAUAGAAGCAUCUCCAAAAUUAUAUAAGAUAGAAGAAUUUGCAAUUAUGACAAACAUUGACACAGUAAAUAUGUUUGAAUUGUUGAAAUUCAUUAAAAAUUCUCGACUGAAUCAUAAAUUACAAGGUUUCAUAGAACAGUAUGACACAAAUUUAAAAAUUCAUAAUUAUAACACAAAGACAUGUGGUGUAAAACAGUUUUUAAAUUCAAUUAAGACAAAAAGCACAGAGUUUGAUACAAUCACAGACAUUCAAUUAGAUGAAGAUCGCUCAAAUAAUCCAAUGAUGACAAUUAUAAGUUUCUUAGAAUGUUUACGAAGCAACUGUAGUGAUGGGCGCAUAUUUAUUAUUCCAGGUCCAACUGUUGGACAAAGUAUCAUAAAAUUUCUUUUAUUAAAUCCAGCAGCGCACUUCCAUGAUAUUAUUCGGGAUGCUAGAGCUGUGAUAUUAGCUGGUGGAACAAUGGCACCAAUGAAUGAAUUUACAGAUCAGUUAUUCAUAGCAGCAGGUGCUUCAUCUGAAAGAAUUGUCACAUAUUCCUGUGACCAUGUAAUUCCUGAAGAAAACAUAGUAUGUAGCAUAACAACUCAUGGCCCAACUGGUAUUGAAUUUGAAUUUAAUUUUCAAAAUCGAGAAAAUACAAAAUUGUUAGAUGAAUUAGGGAGGGCAUUAUUAAAUUUAUGUAAUAUCAUACCAGCUGGUAUUAUAGUCUUUUUACCCUCCUAUAAUUUUGAAGAAUUAAUAUAUAAACAUUUAGAAAAUUCUGGUAUUAUUAAGAAACUGUCUUUAAAAAAACAUAUUCUUCGAGAACCUAAAUCAGCUUCUCAGGUACAUGAAAUUUUAAAAGAAUAUUCGCUUCACGUAAAAAAUCCAAAAAAUUCACAGAAUGGAUCAUUAUUGUUUAGUGUGGUGGGAGGAAAAUUAAGCGAAGGAUUAAAUUUUUCUGAUGAUUUGGGAAGAUGUGUUAUAGUUGUGGGAAUGCCUUAUCCUAAUAUCCAAUCAUUGGAAUUACAAGAGAAGAUGAAAUAUUUAAACGAAAAUAUUAAAUCAGAUGCUGGUCAAAAUUUCUAUGAAAAUUCAUGCAUGAAAGCAGUAAACCAAUGUAUUGGACGAGCUAUUCGACACAUUAAUGAUUAUUCAACAGUAAUAUUAUUAGAUAAACGUUAUAGUUAUAAAAUAAAAGCACUCCCACAGUGGAUUCAACGUACAUUAAUCAUUCAUAAAAGUUUUGGUAGCACAAUUGGUGCUAUAUCUAAAUUUUUCAAUAAAAAAAAAAUUAAAUCCAAUAAAAAAAUAACAUAAACAGAACAAAAGAUAUCUAAACAUUAUUAUAUGUAUUAUUAAUGUAUUUACUGUUACUAUUACAUUUAUUAAAAGUAAGUUUUGUUAACAUA